CCAGCUAAUCAAACAAAAAUAAUCAUCUCCGAGCUCUCUUGAAUUCAACAAUGGUGAAGAUUCUCAAACCUUCCAAUUCGAAUCGCAAAGACGAUGACUCCAAGAAGAAGAAGAAGGGCAGUAAGUUAAAGCCGGACUCAAUUGCGAUGAAGAAAGUGCAAGCUACCAAAUUGAACCCCUUUGAGACCAUUUGGUCGCGCCGGAAGUUCGAUGUCUUGGGGAAGAAGCGUAAAGGCGAGGAACGCAGGCUCGGCCUCGCUCGCUCUCUCGCUAUCCAAAAGAGAACCAAGACGCUGUUGAAAGAUUAUGAGCAGAGUGGGAAGUCUUCUGUUUUUGUGGAUAAGCGAAUAGGAGAGCAAACUGAGGGGCUUCCUGAGUUUGACAAGGCAAUUUUGAGGUCUCAACGCGAACGUCAGUUAAAACUAGGUAAGAGGAGCAAGUAUAACUUGUCUGAUGGAGAAGAUGAGGAUGAGUUUGAAGAGUCAGGUUUAGGCUCAUUUCCUGAAAAGGAUGAUUUUGAGGACGAUGUACCAUUUGAAGAUGAUGUAGAUAAGGAACUUGGAGAGAGUGAAAAGAGAUCGGCCAUCUUAAAGCAUCUUAUUGGCCACGGUAGUCAGGGUAGUUCAGAAGGAGGAGAAGAAAAUAGGCGUAAAACUAAGAAGGAAGUGAUGGAGGAGUUGAUCUCCAAGAGUAAAUAUUUUAAGGCACAAAAAGCAAAGGACAAAGAAGAAAAUGUAGAGUUCCUUGAACAAUUAGACAAUAACUUCACAUCUUUGGUGAAUUCGGAGGCAUUGUUAGCCUUAACAGACCCAACUAAAAUAAAUGCUUUAAAGGCUCUAGUGAACAAGAGCACUUCAGACAAUAAAGAAAAGAUCGAUGUAGUGUCUUCCAUUCCAAAAAUAGUUUCUCUUCAACAGGAAAAGCCUGAUUCUUAUGACAAACUUGUGAAUGAGAUGGUACUUGAUAGGCGCGCACGUCCAUCAAAUCGGACAAAGACUCCUGAAGAAAUUGCACAGGAGGAGAAAGAACGACUUGAACAAUUGGAGGAAGAGCGCCAGAAGCGGAUGCAUGCUGCUGACGACUCGAGUGACGAAGAUGUUGAUGGUUCCAGAAAUGAAGAUGCCUCUAAGAGGAGGUUAACAUCUAUUUCCGGUGACGACCUUGGUGAUUCAUUUACUGCUAAUGAAGAAACAAACACUAAAUUGGGUUGGAUAAAUGAUAUGUUGGAAAAACAUGCGGAUGAAGUUGAGAGUGAAGAAGGUACCUCUUCUGAGGGCUCAGAGAGUGGUGGGGAUGAUGAUGAAGAAGAAACUGGGGAUGAUGAUAAUGACAGUGACGAAGAUUGCAAAAAGACUUCAUCUUUAAAGGACUGGGAACAAAGUGAUGAUGACAAGUUUGAUACAGAUUUGGAAAUUGAAAGUGGCAGAACAGGAAAUAAAGAAAAUAGUGUUGAUGAUGAUGACGAGGAUGCUGAAGAUGAUGAUGAUGAUGAUGAUGAUGAUGAUGAUGAGGACCAUGUAUUAGAAGCCCAGAAAAAGUUGGCCGCAAUCAAGCAAAAGCAAAUGAAUUUGUCAGAUCCUAACAUAAAAGCAGUUUCCAAGCAGCCUUUAAAUAAAGUAGAAGACCUUCCAUAUACUAUUGAAGCUCCAAAAAAUAUAGAGGAAUUAUCUUUACUUUUAAAAGAUCGUUCUGAGAGUCAGAUUAUUGAGGCUAUCAGGCGAAUUCGUACAUUCAAUGCAAUCUCUAUUGCUGCAGAAAAUCGAAAGAAGAUGCAAGUCUUUUAUGGUGUAUUAUUGCAGUAUUUCUCUGUCAUGGCAAACACUAAACCGUUGAACUUUAAACUCUUAAAUAUGCUUGUCGAGCCAUUAAUGAAGAUGAGCACCGAAAUCCCAUAUUUUGCAGCCAUAUGCGCUCGUCAGAGGCUACGUAGAACACGAACGCAGUUUGUUGAAGAUAUGAAGGAAUCAGGAAGACUUUGCUGGCCUUCUUUGAAGACUUUAUCUCUUUUGAGGCUGUGGUCUAUGAUAUUUCCAUGCUCUGAUUUUCGGCAUGUAGUUAUGACUCCUGCAAUAUUGUUGAUGUGUGAAUAUCUAAUGCGUUGCCCAAUUGUUUCUGGCCGGGAUAUGGCAAUUGGAUCCUUUUUGUGCUCGAUGGUUCUGUCUGUCACAAAACAAUCUCAGAAGUUCUGUCCCGAGGCCAUAAUAUUUAUUCAAACAUUACUUGUUGCAGCACUCGAUGAAAAAUCUGGAGCAUACCAUGACUCUCAGUUGUAUCAUCUGAUGGAACUUAAAGCACCCAAACCUCUGCUUUGUAUACAAGGCUCUCUAAAUGAGAUCCAUCCUUUGAAUUUCCUUUCAAUAAUGGAUUUACCAGAGGAUUCCCCGUAUUUCUCUUCUGAUGAAUUUAGGGCAAGCAUACUUGUAGCAGUAAUUGAAACUCUACGUGGAUAUGUUACCGUCUAUGAAGGAUUUAACUCCUUCCCUGAAAUAUUCUUGCCACUUUCAAAUAUUUUGCGGAAACUGGCUGGACAAGUGCACGUGCCUAGUGAAUUACAAGCUAAACUCCAAAAUGUUGCUGAGCUCAUAGAAAAGAAGGCUGAUGAGCAUCACACCUUGCGUCGUCCCUUAGAAAUGCGGAAGCAAAAGCCAGUGCCCAUAAAGUUGCUUAAUCCGAAAUUUGAAGAGAAUUUCGUGAAGGGUAGAGACUAUGAUCCAGAUCGUGAACGAGCUGAGGCCAAAAAGUUGCGAAAGCUUCUAAAAAGUGAAGCUAAAGGAGCAGCUCGUGAACUGAGAAAAGAUAAUUAUUUCUUGUCCGAAGUGAAAAACAAAGAAAAGAUGAGACUUGAGGAGGAACGAGCUGAGAAGUACGGUCAAGCAAGAGCUUUCCUCCAGGAACAAGAACAUGCAUACAAAUCUGGGCAAUUAGGAAAAGGUAAAGGCAAAAAACGAAGAAGAUAAGACCUAGCUCCAUUGUGAUGAAAUAGGCUUUUAUAGUGUUAUAGCCUUAUAGUUGAAGUUGUAUACCCAAAAUACUGUCAUCGAAGGAUAUACACGUUUCUCCUGAAACUUCUUGGUGGCUGUUCAUUGGUGCAAUAUAUUGAUAUUUUUGUCGAA